UGAACUGCGGGGCUGGUGAGUGUCUAGGCUAUGCCUGGGAGAGCCAGGCCAGCCGCAGUCAGGCCGCCUGAGCUCCAGCCCGGGGCCAGUCCCACCGCUACGUGCGCUGCAGAAGCCCCAGCAGCAGCAGCCACAGAUAGAGAGAGCCACCAAAAUGAGCUGCAAAGAAGGAACUGACAGCAGCUGCAGCUGCGGUGGGCGCGACGAGAACAGGAUUCUCAAGUGCGUGGUGGUCGGGGAUGGCGCCGUGGGGAAGACCUGCCUGCUGAUGAGCUACGCCAACGACGCCUUUCCGGAGGAAUACGUACCCACUGUGUUUGACCACUAUGCAGUUACUGUGACAGUGGGAGGCAAGCAGCACUUGCUUGGACUGUACGACACCGCAGGACAGGAGGACUACAACCAGCUGCGGCCACUCUCCUACCCCAACACCGACGUGUUCCUCAUCUGCUUCUCUGUUGUAAACCCUGCUUCGUAUCACAACGUCCAGGAGGAGUGGGUCCCGGAACUGAAGGACUGCAUGCCUCACGUGCCUUACGUCCUCAUCGGGACCCAGAUCGAUCUCCGGGAUGACCCCAAAACGUUGGCACGGCUCCUGUACAUGAAGGAGAAGCCCCUCACCUAUGAGCAUGGCGUGAAGCUGGCAAAAGCGAUCGGCGCACAGUGCUACUUGGAAUGUUCUGCUCUGACUCAGAAGGGGCUCAAAGCGGUUUUUGAUGAAGCCAUCCUCACUAUUUUCCACCCCAAGAAAAAAAAGAAAGGCUGCUCAGAGUGCCACGGCUGCUGUGCAAUCAUCUGAAGGUGCCUGAGACCCGUCUCCCUGCCAUCCAAGGAUAUGAAAAGCAGCCAGUUUCUGUGACCCUACUCCAGCCAAAAGGGAGGGCAUGACCAGAAAGGAACUCCUGCAUCCUGAGGCCUGUCCCUGUGCCCUGCCAGCUUUCCAGCUCAGCAUCUGCCAGCCACUGCCACAUCCCCAGGCCAGAGCAUCCACACUGCGCAUGGAGGAUGCUGAACAACGUUCAGACAGUGUGCUGGAGAGGUGUUGGAAGCAAGUCAUGAUCAUCCUGUAUUUCACACCUCCCCUUCCAUGGAUGGGAAUGGACAGGAAGUCAUGGCAGGAAAAACAAGCACUCUGUCCUGCCCUGGUGGCCUUACUUCUUUGCCAAACUUGGGAGUACAAUACCAACAUUUUUCUGGAGAAAGUUGUGUCAGCCAAGUGUCUUAAAAUUGGUUUCUAUUGCAGUGUCCUGAUGUUCAAUCACUUGAGCCUCACAAAUCCAUAUCAAAAUAGUUAAAAGACAAGCUGGAUUAUGCUCACUCCUAUUGACAGUGGCUCUUUGCCAAUAUUCUUAGAGCCGAUAUGUACCUCUGAAUGCCUAAUUACAAAAAAAAAUCUACAACUUUCAUAAGCAUACAGACCUAUAUUUUUUAGCCUUUUUGAAAGAAAACAUCCUGUGAAUUAUUACAGCGUCCCCAAUUUUGCCAAAGAUUCAUCCUCCAAAUGCUUCAGGUGCUAGGGGGCCUGCUCUUGCAAACUUCUACUGUCAUUCAAACGGAAAAUGGACUGUCUUUGAAGAAACAAAGAGAUCUCUGCUUUUCAUCUGAAUUAGUCAGGACAAGGUUAAGGCAAAAACUGCCUUCCUGAUCCAGCAGAGUGGGCCUGCCCCACCCCUCACAGGAGGCCUGUGACUUCCCUCCAGUCAUCCAGUCACACUCUCUCCUGUGCCCCAAUCCCUGUGUUCCCCACUCACAAAAGACCUUAAAAGAAAGGAGGAGGUCUUUCUGAACACCAGACAUGAAAAAUAAGUGUUCCCAGAAUCCUUAGGGUCAGCGUGCCUUAACUUUUCUACUCACUUCAGCUGAAAGUGCUUGCUCGGUAUUAAGCUUCAAUUCAGGAUGGUUUCCAGUUGUGGCCAAUAUGAAAAUCAUUGCCUCCCUCCCUCUUUCCUUAACUCCUUUUCCCAAAUGUCUUUGGAGGAUGGAGUUAAGUAAAUCCCAUUCCAGGCUGAGGCACUGCACCCAAUGGGAAGUUUGGCCCUGAGCAGGAAGAGCUCCCUGUGAAAAAUCCUGAACCUUUCCACUUGACAAUUCCAACCAGCCAGGGACUCUGUGUUUUAUAGGGGCUGUGAUUGGAACCGAUUAAUCUUAUUUGCUUACACAUGUCCUGGAAUUACCCAGGGAAGCUGAUUUAUCUUUUUUUUUCUUUAUUGCAUCAGCAAAUCAUAUAUUAGCAAUAAAAAAAAUUAUUUCACUUUU